AUGUCUCUUAAACCCAUUACCCUCUACGGCCACACCAUGGGCCCCAACCCCUGGAAAGUGGCCAUGGUACUCGAAGAGCUCGAAAUUCCCUACAAGACGAUAUACAUAGCUGCUGCAGACGUCAAGAAAGAACCAUUAACCUUGGUCAACCCCAAUGGCCGCGUGCCCGCUAUCGAGGACCCCAACACAGGAAUCACCCUGUGGGAGUCAGGCGCCAUUAUCGAAUAUCUCUCCGAAACCUACGACAAAGACAAUAAGAUCAGUUUCCCAGCUGGUACCCCUGAGUACUUCCAAACAAAACAAUGGCUCCACUUCCAGAUGAGUGGGCAGGGCCCGUACUUUGGUCAGGCUGUUUGGUUCCGGCGACACCACCCUGAAGUGGUUCCUAGUGCUCAGGAGAGAUACAAGAACGAGGUUCUUCGGGUGUCAUGGGUGCUAGACAACGUUCUUAAAGAUAGGGAGUACCUAGUUGGCGGACGGUGUAGCUACGCGGACAUCUCGUUCGUGCAGUGGUUUAAUGUCUUUGGAAUCGCCACGGAUAAUGAUGUUGACAUGGAGAAGGAGUACCCAAAUCUUUACUCUUGGCUCGAAAAGAUCAAAGCAAGGCCGGCUAUCACCAGAACUGCCGAACUACAGAAGGAAGCAAUUGCGAAUGAGAAGCACUGA